CCCGCACCGGACGCCAUUCUCUUUGGGAUAGCACAAAAAGAAAAAGAGUGAGCGAAACAACGUCCCCGGCGCUUCGCCAGACCGGCGGUCAAGCACGUACCAUCCUCCUAUAAAAUAAAGCAGAGCACAUCGGAGGAGGACAAAAGCCACCCCCGGAUUUCAACUCCACUCCACUCUGAACCACGACCCUCCGCCAGCAUGGCUCGCCUCGGCCUCCUGCGCUUUCUUCCGUCGCAGCCGAUGCUCCUCCUCGUCCUCUUCGUCGCGGCGGACGCCGCCGGGAAGGGCGACGGCGGGCUGCGGUUCCGGCGGGAGGACGGCACGUUUAAGGUGCUGCAGGUGGCGGACAUGCACUACGCAGACGGGCUGAGCACACCGUGCAAGGACGUGCUCCCCGCGCAGCGCCCCGGCUGCUCCGACCUCAACACCACCGCCUUCCUCUACCGCGUCAUCCGCGCCGAGAACCCCGACCUCGUCGUCUUCACCGGUGAUAACAUUUUUGCUUCGGAUUCAACCGAUGCGGCCAAAUCGAUGGAUGCGGCGAUCGCUCCGGCCAUUGCCAUGAAACUUCCCUGGGCUGCUGUGCUUGGAAACCAUGACCAAGAGGGUACGCUGUCACGAGAGGGUGUGAUGCGCCACCUUGUAGGCAUGAAGAACACCCUUGCACGCUUUAAUCCACAGGGAGUAGAAAUCGAUGGAUACGGAAACUAUAAUCUAGAGGUUGCUGGGGUUGAAGGAACAUCGUUGGCUAACAAAUCAGUGCUCAACCUGUAUUUUCUCGACAGUGGUGACUAUUCCACUGUGCCAUCGAUCGGUGGCUUUGGGUGGAUCAAGGCUUCACAGCUAGCUUGGUUCAAGCAAACCUCUUCGAGUCUCCAGACAAACUAUACAAGUGAACAGCCCAGACAGAAGGAGCCAGCACCUGGUCUUGCUUACUUCCACAUUCCGUUGCCGGAGUUCAAGAACGUUACGGCAUCCAAUUUCACAGGAGUAAAGAAGCAGGAGAGUAUCGGCUCAGCGUGGAUCAACUCCGGCUUCUUUAACACCAUGGUGGAAGCUGGAGAUGUGAAGGCUGCCUUUGUAGGACAUGAUCACUUAAUUGACUUCUGUGGUAAGCUCACUGGUAUUCAGCUGUGCUACGGUGGUGGUUUUGGUUACCAUGCGUAUGGGAUGGCCGGUUGGUCAAGGAGAGCAAGGGUGGUGUCUGUGCAACUUCAGAAGGCAGCGAGCGGCGAAUGGCAAGGCGUGAAGUCUAUCAACACAUGGAAGAGGCUUGAUGAUCAACAUCUCACCACAAUUGACUCUGAGAACCUAUGGAACAUAAGUUCUAAUAGUGGAGGUACUCAACUAUGCAAGAGCAUGGCGCUGCUAUUUCUAGCUUCAGUAACAAGCAUAUAUUUUCAGAACCUACAACUUAUGUAAGACAUGCCGGUAGACAGGGAGGCGUAAGAAGAACAAUGAUGGAAGCUGAGUUCACGAGGAUAAUUAACCUCUGUACUGCCUAUCUGUUGUUGAUGCUCAGCUUAUCUCAAAGAAUUCGUAACUGCGUAAAUGAACACAUAUAACACAUCACAUGUAUACGCAAAUUUUCACCAUUAUUAUUUUUCAUGUCAAGAGAAAAAAGCGAACCAUGAAUGUAUUGGAUGUAAUCCUAUACAUAUCACACUCUUUGCAAUUUAGCUCAGAUGUCAAAUGGAAAUGAGAAUACCAAUGCCAAUA